GGAAAACAAACAGAGCAGAGCGUGCUUCUCUAACCAUGACAUAAAACCUCACUUUACAGUAAUUAUUAUCAUUAUUAUUAUAUUUAUUAUUACUUGUAUGUGUUGCUUUGACACAGUGCGUUCACAUUGUGCGGAUAGUUUUAUCAUUUCUGUGUGUUUUAACCCGGAAACUCGUUUGUUAUGGACGCGGCUAGCAGCUAGCGGCUACCAGCUAGCGGCUCAGCAUUGAACGGCAGGUUGACGCUAGCCUGCAGCUAACUAGCUCUGCGCUACAGCCAUGGCCCCGGGCUCUGUGGCGGCCGCCUGCCGCAGCCUGGCGCUCUCCACCUGGCUGCUGUCCUUCUGCUUCGUGCACCUGCUGUGCCUGGACUUCACGGUGGCGGAGCGGGAGGAGUGGUACACCGCCUUCGUCAACAUCUCCUACGUGGACCCGAGCACCGCGGAGCCGCGCAGCGAGAGGACGGAGUGCGGCCGCUACGGAGAGCACUCCCCGAAGAGGGACGCCCGCGGCACGGUGGUGCUCCCGGGAGGAGCAGGAGGAGGAGGAGGAGGAGGAGGAGGAGACCGGCAGGGCUGCGACCCCAACGGGAGGUUCAGCGUGCCCGCGCACAACGGGGCCUGGGUGGCGCUGGUGGCGCGCGGGAACUGCACCUACAGAGACAAGAUCAGGCACGCGGCCGCGAACAACGCGAGCGCGGUGGUCGUGUUCAACGUGGGGGGGGCCAACGAGACCAUCACCAUGCCGCACCCAGGUACCGGUGAGGUGGUCGCCAUCAUGAUCCCGGAGCCGAAAGGCCGCGAGGUCGCCUCCCUGCUGGAGCGCAACGUGACGGUCAACAUGACGAUCACCAUCGGAACCAGGAACCUGCAGAAGUACGUGAGCAGGACGUCGGUGGUGUUCGUGUCCAUCUCCUUCAUCGUGCUGAUGAUCAUCUCUCUGGCCUGGCUCGUCUUCUACUACAUCCAGAGGUUCAGAUACGCCAACGCCCGAGACCGGAACCAGCGUCGUCUCGGCGACGCAGCGAAGAAGGCCAUCAGCAAGCUGCAGGUCCGAACCAUCAGGAAGGGCGACCAGGAGACGGAGGUCGACUUUGACAACUGUGCCGUCUGCAUCGAGGGCUACAAACCCAACGACGUGGUCCGCAUACUGCCCUGCAGACAUUUGUUCCAUAAGAGCUGCGUGGAUCCGUGGCUGCUGGACCACCGGACGUGUCCCAUGUGCAAGAUGAACAUCCUCAAAGCCCUCGGCAUCGCGCUGAACGCAGACUGCCUGGACGACCUCCCCCUGGACUACGACCUGGCCCUGGGCGGUGGGGGUGUGGGGCCGGGUGGAGUCGGGGUUCUGGCCCUGGAGGCCGUGGUGUCGGGGGCCUCCAGCGACGGGACGCUGAGCGAGGGCGGCUCCUCCGUGGUGCUGGACCCCGGGGUCCGGAGGGUCGGGCUCCCUCAGGACUACCAGGACCCCGACACCCUGAGGGACAGCCCGGUGACGGCCACCACGGACACACACACAGGUGAACUCCAGCCGAUGGCGAGCAGCGCCUCCGUGGCGUCCUUGGUCAUCACCGUGGAAACGGGUCUCUCGGACGAGGAGGGGUCCGUGGAACAGUGUCAGCUGGGGGACAAGUCCUGAGAGGAGCACAACAGAACCAGACCAGAACCAGACCAGAACCCCCGCCCCCCCAACCACCACCACCACCAUCGGGCCACAACAGACUUUAAUAUGGUCCAAAACCAGACCCAGGACCUGGUUCUGGUUUUAACAGUUUUUUGUUUCUCUCUGGACCUGUUUGAUACAGAAGCUGAGCCAAACCAAGCUGUCCCGACCCGAGUCUGUCUAGAAUCAGAGGGUCUAGACUCUAGAGGGUUUGCACAUGGUGGACUUGAGAUAGUUGAAGGUGUGUGUUGGUUUUGAUCUGGUUUCAUUUGUGGUCUCCUGGACUCUCGGCGAGUUUUGGAACCAGGACCUGACCUGGUCUAACGUGGGUUUAUCCUGGGAUGUGACUCAGUCCACCUCUCUGUCUCUAGAAGUAGAACCCCCCCGACUUCUUUCCUGGUCCAACCCAUCGGUCCUAAGAAACCUAAACUCCAAAUAUAUUGUGGACGUUUGUCUCCAGACUUCAGAUGGACGGAUGGGGUUCAAAGUGGAUCUCCGAAAGCCACGUUUAUACUCUGGAGAACACGAGGAAGAUCUCAGUCAGCGUGUGAGCGGAGUAGAAACUGAGACGGGCGGCUGCCAAAGGAGGAUUCUGACUCUGGAUCUGGAUUCUGACUCUGGAUCUGGAUUCUGACUCUGGAUCUGGAUUCUGACUCUGGAUCUGGAUUCUGACUCUGGAUCUGGAGUCCUGCGUAUAUUUCUACGUGUACACAGAAUAUUCUGCUACCUGGUUUGAGGCACAACGACUAAAGAAAACCCGGACGGUGACCCAGAACCAGAGCUGCUCACCUCCUGGAUUCUCUGGAGGUUUUAUUCUCCCGCCAACGCCAACGAUGUGUGCAAGGACCGACUUUUCUUUUUUUUUUGGAAAGGAACACUUUUAUGUUUUAUUUUGAAAGGACACGCCGGCUGCUCUGCUUGGGUUCGUGUUCUUCUUCCAGUGUUACCCCGUCGUGGCAGUGUUUUACAGCUUCAGUAUUGAAUAGAAACUACACACAGUGAUUUUAGUUUUGCCUGUCAGUAUAAUUGAAGGCUCCUUUCUCUUCACAGUGCAGCAGUACUGACAGUGUUUGGUUUGGAUGCUUUCUGUCGUCGGCUGUGGUUCAUGUGUGCGUUUUGGGGAAAACUGGUGUCACCAAGAAAUGUUUGCAAGGCUGUACAGGUAUGAGGACGGUUAAUGAAAUGCGGAAUUAUGAGAAAAUGGUAUCAAGAGAACGGCCACGAUGACGGAGAGUUUAUAGCUACAUUUAGUUUCUCUAUUUACAACAUCUAGAAUCCAUCCGUAACGCUUGGCGGACACUGAAUGCUUUUAUUUUGUUAACCUCACGUUUUAAUCUGCCUUUCCUUUGUGCUCACGCUGUACAUACGACACGGAGCUCACACCGAGGCAGUGACGACGUCCAAUAAAGUUAAUUCAAACGUGACGAUUAUGUCCUCGACGACGUUGAGAGGUUAGUUUGUGCACUUCGACUGCGAAGCGAAAGUAAGAAGCUGCUUUUGUUCUGCAACGAAGUUUAAUAUCACAGAAGGUUCAGUCACGAUUAUGUUUUCAGCCACAACGUGUAAAAUAAAACUUUAUUAGUGAUUAAAUAACUUCGGUACAAUUUUUAACGGAUCUUUGCACAGAAGAAACUGCCCAAACUGCGAGACGGCCGACCACAAUUUCAAGCCAGAUUUAUAGAUCGGGCGUCGUAAUACAUCGUAAUCAGGCGCUAUAAUACAUCAUAACAGGGCGUUGUGAUUGGACGCCAUAAUCGGCCAUCGUAAUCCAGUGUUGUUAUCGGGCGUCGUGAUUUAGAUUCGUAAUCAUGCUUUGUAAUCUUGUUACCGGGCCUCGUAAUCUGGCCGUAUAAUUGGGCGUCUUAGUGGGACAUCGUAGUCGGGCUUAUUGGGCGUCGUCAUUUGGUAUCGUAAAUUGGUGAUCUGGCAGAAAUUUGUUGAAAUUGUAAAAUGCGUUGGUGGUGCCAGUCUGGGGUUUAGUGAGAGGAAGGAAAGACUUUGUUCUUCAGUCUUCCACGUUGUCCGUCCGGAGUCGUAACGUUGAAUAAUGGUUAUGAUGUCAUCAUGUCGGAACCCGUCUUUAUGUGCGUCCGUUACCACGACGUCCUCAUGCUACCUUUUUUUAAAAACACCUUGACCUUUAACCCUGACAAUCACGGGUCGGCCCCUUUUUGAUUUGCCAGUUUUGCAUCUUUUCCCUGAAACCUAAGAUGUGUUUUUCCGAACGCACCGCCACAAUAAGAGUCAGCUGCCGUUACGACACCCAAAACGAGCUGUGAAAGACGAUCGAUCGAUCCGGAGAGUUUAGCGAAGGAUCCUUCCCUGUAGUUCACUCUGGACGCCGAGCAUGUAAAUAUGAAAUGUAUAUUCCACAUGUUCACCGUGUGGCAGCGCCAAGAGAGUCAAAGAUUGUCGUCUAUUUUGAUACCAGAGGAGACGUUUUUAUUUUUGUAAUGAAAAAGACACCCAGCAGCAGACUGAUCCCGGCGGCCUGGACAACCUCAAUGUGAUUGAGUGUCCAGGCUGAUUAAACUGCUGAUUAUUUGUGUAUUUGUACAUACAGACAGUACGCUAAGGACUUUGAUGGAAUGACUCUAAACUAUCGUGAGUUUAAACAUUCAAUAAUGUGUUAAGAAACUAAAUUUAAGAAAAAAGGAAAUCAUGCAACAAGCCUCCGAAAAUAAGAAAAACCAUCGCACAGACAUGAUGGGAUUUGUAGUUCAACCAUUCAGCUGUAAGUACGAAUAAUUAACUGGAAAUGUAAUCAAGUUUUUUCGUGAUGUUUCGUAGAAUUCAAAUGGUACUAAAUUCCAAGAGUAUGAAGCAUAAUCGUGUUUUAUGUUUCCAGUCAAACCAGAACGACUUUAAAACGACUUCUUCCUACUUUGCCGUCUUUGUCAGUUACCAAGUAUUUAACAGAAACCUAGUUAAUAAUAAAAAAACAAACUGGUAAAAUGGUGGAGAAUGAAUUAACUGUAAUAUAUAAAGAUGAAGGAUGUGUACAUGCCAAGUCGUGGCCAUUUUUAUUUUUAAACUUAAGUCAAUUCCUUUGUGCUGUAAGCUUUAUUUUGAAGGCAUUUAACCAAGAAAUCUGUUUCCACAUUUGCACUGUUUCAUUUCUGUUGUUCUUCUCGUAAAGACUGAGGCUGCUGUGGCAUGUCGGUCCCCCGCGACGGGAAUCGAACCUUAAAUUCUGAUUUGUUAUCAACGGAAGUGUCUCCGUAGAAAAGUAUCAAAACGUGCAAAUCUUCAGUUUUGUGUUCGGAGAAACGUUAAUUAUACUUUUCAAAGUAAAAGUAAUUAAUUAGUUUGAUAUCUUUACCGUCAUAGUAUCAAAUAUUAUUGAUACUUUAAUGAGCUUUAAUAGUAAUAAUUGAUUUUGCUAACGUGUUUAAAAUCGGACCCUCAUGUCACUGCCAGUAAUGACGUCUGAUUGGUUCCCAUUGGCUGUCCUCCCUCGAUGCUGUGUUUUGAUUGGUUGCUCAGCCUCAUUCUGUGGAUGCACUUUAAUUCUGUUUCUCUGGACGGUUCUGGAAAAGUCUCUUUUUUUUUUCUUUCAACCAUUUUUGUUUUUUCUUGUCGUCUUUCCUUCGACAAUUUUGUUACUUUUAAACUCCGAGACUUGUUUUGUUUUGGAAAUGUACGGGAUCGUUUCUGGAAAAUGAUACCAAACAAUACGAUGUAAAUGUUUGACCGACUGCCAUAUAUUUUGCCAUAAAUUGUAAUUUGUGUUGUAGUUUCUGAUCUUUAUCCACAAGCAGGUGAAUCCUGAGUCACGUAAUCCCACCGGGAUUAAACAUUCAAUUGAUUUCUGACAACUGGCAGUGAAAACAACAAAAAGAAGACACAACAUGUUUUAUUUAAAUCAAUUUGAAUUAAAUGUUCGGGAAAAAAACGAGAGAAAUGUUCAGAUCCCUCCAGAGAGAGUGUGUGUGUGUGUGUGUGAGUGUGUGUGUGUGUGUGUGUGUGUGUGUGUUUUCUACGGUAUUAAUUAAUUGUUUUCCAGAGCGUCCGUUUGUGUGGUUGUCCUGUGCACGCAAACACUAAAGAAUACCUACGUACACACGUGUAAAUACGAGGCGGCGUGACGCCAUGUUGUUUCUGUGUUUCAGUUGUUGCACGUGUUCUGAUUCAGGACGGAUUUAAAUAAAAGUUUAAUUCAAGUUUUGGGGUUUUAAU